AUGAGCCGCUUCGUAUCUGCCGGCACCGACGAGGCGCCGCCAACGGAGCGCGACGAGGCAUGGCGGAAAGCCCAGCAGGAGUUGGAGGCCAAGCAGAUGCAAAAGGCUGAAGCUGGGAAGCAGGAAGGCGGCAAAUCGCUCUACGAGACGCUGCAGAGCAACAAAGCCGCCAAACAAGAGGCAUUUGAGGAAGCAAACCGAUUGCGGAAUCAGUUCCGCUCUCUUGAUGAGGAUGAGAUCGAAUUCUUGGAUUCUGUUAUGGAGUCAACGCGGGCCAAGGAGGCGGAAGUGAAGAAGGAGACUCUAACUCAGUUGGAGGUGUUUCGCCGUCAGCAAGAAGAAGCAGAGAAGGCUGCACAACAGGCUGGUGAUGCUGGGCCCCCUGCGGAAGCUGGAGAGUCGUGGGCCGCGAGUGGUCCAAGGAAGCGGAAGAAGGGUCGCGAGGGGCCCAUCGCUGGUGUCAAGUUGCGGAGGACGUCUACGAACGAGAAGCAGAGCGUGGCUUCGCCUGCCGGGGAUGAGGCUGGUCAGCCGCCUCCUAAGGCUGUUACCAAAGACGCUGCAGCUGCUGCUGACGAGAAAAGGCCCGCUGACACUCCGUCAGGCGGGUCGAAAGCGGGUGAAGUUGUUGACGAUGACGGAUCAAAGAUUUCUGCUGCUCCGGUCAAGAGCGUAAGUUCUGCAGCAGAUAAGCCAGCCUCCCCUCCGCCUUCUGGGCUUGGUCUGGCUGCGUACUCUUCAGACGAGGACGAAUAG